CCGACAGUGGCCGCUGACGGUACUUUGCGCGUGGACUGGAGCGCGGCGAGCUCCCUGUCCGACCUCGCACUUUUGGGAAACACGCGGACCAGCUUGGUGCGAAGACUGAUUCUGACAGCACCUCUGGGCGCUCUGGACUUCAGCCAGGUGAAUGUUGACGACACCAUUGAAAUGUUACCAAAAUCAAGAAGAGCUCUGACCAUUCAAGAGAUCGCUGCGUUAGCGCGGUCCUCCCUGCAUGGUAUCUCCCAGGUAAUGAAGGAUCAUGUGACGAAGCCUACAGCCAUGGCUCAGGGCCGAGUCGCCCACCUGAUCGAGUGGAAAGGGUGGUCUAGACCCAUCGACACCCCCGCUCCAGCGUCAGAUCUAAACAGAUCCUACUCAGCACUCACCGAGGGAGAGCAGGAGGCGCGCUUUGCAGCCGGUGUGGCGGAGCAGUUUGCCAUAGCGGAGGCGAAGCUGAGAGCCUGGUCCUCUGUGGACGGAGACGAGUCCAACGACGACUCGUACGACGAGGACUUCCUGCCUAACAACGAGCCCAGCACACAGAGCACAGACCUGUCCUCGUAUCCUCCCUACCUGAAGGACCUGAUCCACAGCCAGCUUUGCCAACACCUGAGUCUGAGAGGAGGUGGAGGUGGAGGAGGUGGAGGUGGAGGAGGAGGUGGAGGUGGAGGAGGAGGUAGUGGAGGAGGAGGAGGAGGAGAAGGAGGAAGUGGCGGAGGAGGAGAAGGAAGUGGAGACCCCUCCCCCACCGCUGGCUCCCCGGACACCCUGUGCUCCAGCCUCUGCAGUCUGGACGACCAUCUUCCUCUUCUGAGAGAUCUGAAUGGCGGCCAUCGAGGAAACUACAGCAGCGCUGCCGAGCUCGCCGCCAAAAUCCUGUCCGCGCUGCAGGGGGGGGAGGAGCUUCUGCUGGCUCGCCUCCAGAGAGCAGGAAGUGGAGGAAGUGGAGGAGGAAAUGGAGGAGGACGAGGAGGAGGAAUAAGGCCAUGUGGAGGUCAGGAUUCUCCGUGUUACUCCAUGUCUUACUCCGAGACGUACCUCUCCCCCGGGGAGGACGAGGACGACGACACCCCCUGCAAGGACUAUGAAAACACCGGCUGCCAGGUGGAGGGGGAGGGAAAUGGAGGAGAGGAAGAGGAGGUAUUCCCCCCAGAAUAUGUGCCGCGCAGGAGGGUCUCUGACGUGGCGUCCUCCGGGGUGGUGUCUCUGGACGAGGAGGAGGAGUUGGAGGAGGAAGAGGAGAGAGCAGGAGACGAGCAGUGACUCCUCUCCUCCCCCCUCAGAGUUGAACCCCCUCUUCAGAAGAAUGUGUUGUUUUGUUGCCCCCCCCCCCUUCUCCAUCACAGUCUAGUUGCCAGCAGUGUGGACCCAUGACAUGUUGAUCACCCCAAAGGGUUAUGAUGGAAAUGUAUAGUGAGGAUCCCCAGCACGUAGAACCUGCCGGAUGUUAACUUGCAUAUGUUGGGCGAUUUGCACAAUUAGCAUAGUUGCAAGUUGCAAUAAUAAGCGUUUGCAGACAUUAGUUUCAAAUCGGUUUUGGACAAUUUGGACAAUUUCGUUGUGGUUUUGGGUGUUUUUGAGGAUGUUGAAUCCAUUUCUGGCAUUUUCAGGAUACAAAUGUCAGUCUGAACCAGAAAGAGGCCGUAUCUGUUCUCCAGAUGGGUAGAUUUAGUUGAAUUUUGGGUCGAUUUUUAAAGCUUUAGGGCACUCAAAACUGCCAUUAAUGAUCUUAAAAAUGUCACAAAUAGAUGUGUAGCUAUUUUCUGCAUAUGCUAAUUAAUGCUAGUUAACGCAACUUAUGAUAAUUGUGCACAUUUCCAACAUAUCGGCACGUUCUCUGUGCUUCAGACCCGUACUAAACAUUUCUAACCCAACACUUUGGGGUACUCAGCAUUUCCAGGAUCACAAAAGGACCCUAUGAACUGGCAACUAGACUAUUUCGGCAUCUGAACGUUUUAUCCGCCUCGCAUGCUGUCCCCCCUUCUCCUCUGACUGAAGCAUCCGUCUUUGCCUUACUUGCAGCAUUUCAACUCCUCCCCGCCUCGCUUUGUCCCCAUUCGAUGUACCGACUCUAUUUUCUUUAAAGGCGUCCAAACAAUCUUUUUUAUCAGUGUGAGAACAGGAGAGCUGGACUUCAGAAAGACUCAGUUUCCGUCCCUUCCCGUGAAGCGACUCUUUAAAAAAACGGACGCCGCCAACAGGCCGACAGAACGUCAGAGUCCCAAAACUCUGACUUAUAUUUGCAUGUGUUUUGCAAGUGCUAAAACCGAUGGGCUGACCUGGUCUUGAGCCCGGUUUGCAGUCUCAGCUGUUCUGUAUCCCCCCCCCCCCCCUCCCCCUUUCUCCCCAGCGUAUCCCUCUGGAGGGGAGCGUUGAACCUGCAUCCCGGGAUUUCCUCCCUCUCCUCCCCCCCCCCCUCUUUUCUCCUUUGCAAGAGACAAAAUAGCAUCCUUUCGGGCAUGGCUUGCUAAGUAUGCCAAACUAUUUAACCCUGUCACUACCAAUUAUGAGCAAAUGCUGGAAUGUCUACAAAGUGACAGGGCAUAGUAUGUAUUUUAAAAUAACAAAAGUUUAAAAAAGAAAAAGAUUUGUCACAAAUGAUAUAACAGAAAUGAUAUGCUUUUAUUGUACUAGUUUUCUAUCACUCAGACAUGUUGUUGUUCACGUUAUUCCAGACAUCAUUACGAUGGACUUCUGCCGACUAUAGCUUCUGGAUAUCUUUGGGGUUUUCAUGUGGAUUCCUUAAAUGGGAGAAGUUUGGUUGUCUUAAAAAAAAAUACAACAAACCCUGACAGAUUGAUCCUGAAGUGUAAGGGAUGUUUGGCAGGAAGUGGCGCAGUGGAAGAGACAGGAAGUCGUCUCUCUGCAGAGAUGCAUCGGAGAAUUUUCUAUAUUUUUGUAUGCGUUGUCUUGCUUUGAUCUCUUUGCCUACGCGGCGUGCCAGUGUAUGUGGUUUUUUGCACGAAGCUAAUGUGGCCGUAGAUUUCUCCUUUUCUUCGUUAUCACUGUGUGAUAUAGUUUACUGGGAAAAAAAAUAACAAAUGUGAAUUUUAUUUUUGAUUUCAAAAGAGGAUACUGUGAUACGUUUUGUUAUUGCAUUCUGUCAUGAUCCUCCUGACGAGUUUUCUGUUUCCUUUCCUCUCAUACCUUGGAAGCUUUGCCUUUGAUUCUAUACUUUCCUUUCUUUUUGAUGAUAUUUGCAAAAUGGCAUGACAUGAUUUGUGACAUAUUCAUCUCCGGAGAUAUGAGGAGCGACGUCGAGGGAAAUGUCAUUCAUACAACUCAGGAAAUCCCAUUUGGACCAGAGCAUCGAUGCAUCCCCCCCCCGCACAUAUAACACCAAUCAUCUGUCAUUCUGUGUGUGUGCGUGUGUGUGUGUGUGUGUGUGUGUGUGUGUGUGUGUGUGUGUGUGUGUGUGUUUUUUGUAGAAAAAGCAUGGUAUUUUCUACAAAUAAUUAAAGCACAGAUUCAUUCCCCGAAUCCUUCUUUCUUGUUGAUCGACCGUUUAAAAAAAAAAAAAAGCCUCGACAUGCGACAAACAUGUUUGACGUUUUGUUCAAAUGUGUGUGUGUGUGUGUGUGUGUGUGUGUGUGUGUGUGUGUGUGUGUAUUGUAAGAUGUCAGCGAGCUACUUAAGCUUGCAUAUCAAUUCAUAAACCCCUCCAAUGCAGCGAUUCCCUUUAAAACGUGAGCUCUCGUUGGAAGGAUUUAACCUGUUGGCGGUUUUAAAAAGCAGUGUACGAACAUCUGGAGGACAUUGAGGAGGUUUUGGAAAAAGACAGCGACAACUCAGGGGGAAACCAUUGAUACCAUAGCUGUGCCUUUCAUUCAUUCGUCACCUUUGACCUCCCAAGUUGUACAUCAUCACAUCCUCCACGCUGGCGGUCACUUCUUUCCUCCCCCUCUCUUUUUCAAAUUCUGUUUUUAGAGGCACUAAUUCUCCUGUUGCUCCUCCGCUGGGUGUGUUUUCCCCCUCUCGCUGUAGC